GCAACCCCGAGCCGGGAGCUGCCUGCAGGUUCCCCCGCGGCCCGGCGGGUCCGGGAGCGGGCGCCGAGAUGCGCCCCCUGCUCGGCCUCCUGCUGGUCUUCGUCGGCUCCACCUUCGCCCUGUACUUGCUGUCGACGCGACUGCCCCGGGGGCGGACGCUGGCCUCCGGCGAGGAGACCGGAGGCAGGUCACUGUGGUUCCCCUCAGACCUGGCGGAGCUGCGGGAGCUCUCCGAGGUCCUUCGGGAGUACCGGAAGGAGCACCCGGCCUGCGUGUUCCUGCUCUUCUGCGGCGCCUACCUCUACAAGCAGGGCUUUGCCAUCCCUGGCUCCAGCUUCCUGAAUAUUUUAGCUGGUGCUUUGUUCGGACCAUGGCUGGGGCUUCUGCUGUGCUGUGUGUUGACAUCAGUGGGCGCCACAUGCUGCUACCUGCUCUCCAGUGUCUUUGGCAAGCAGCUGGUGGUCUCCUACUUUCCUGAGAAAGUGUCCCUGCUGCAGAGGAAGGUGGAGGAGAAUAGAAAUAGCCUGUUUUUUUUCUUGCUGUUUUUGAGACUUUUCCCCAUGACGCCAAACUGGUUCUUGAACCUCUCAGCUCCGAUUCUGAACAUCCCGAUUGUGCAUUUCUUCUUCUCUGUUCUGAUUGGUUUGGUCCCGUACAAUUUUAUCUGUGUGCAGACAGGUUCCAUCCUGUCAACUCUUACCUCUCUGGAUGCUCUUUUCUCCUGGGAAACAGUCUUCAAGCUUUUGGCCAUUGCCCUGGUGGCCUUAGUUCCUGGAACCCUCAUUAAAAAAUUUAGUCAGAAGGACCUGCAUUUGAAUGAAAUAAGCAACGCUAAUCACCUAAAUAGUAGAAAGGACACGUGAUCUUGGUUUUUUGUUUGCCACGUCCCUGGACUCUGUUGCUUAUUUGUGUGAUGGUGUGGUCCUCUGCAGCCCCUCAUUGUUUUUAAUUACCCUCAACAGGUGAUUUGGACACUCUUGAUCCGUGUGCAGUGUUUUCAUAAAGGAUUUUCUGUGCCCUAGAAGGGGGAUUGUACCAGGUCCUCAAACCAGUCCUGGCUUAGCAGGACACUCUGUGAAACGGAUGGCCUUCUAGAAAACCCUAUUUAUAUUCUGUUGAAUAACAAGGAACUCAGAGUGGUCUGUUGUAUUUGCCUCUUGCCAAGCCCUGAGCUGCCUUAGGAGAAGAUGCUGAUUGUCCUUGUCCAGAGUGCCCUUUUUCUAAGUGGUAGGCUGUUGUGAUAGGUGUUCUCCUGUUAAGUCCCUAGUGGGUGUUCGUGGUAUAAAUGAUGACGUGAACCCGCAUCACUGACAUUACCCUUCAUCUUGUUAGCCUCUCGAAGAGUAUUGUGUACUACUUUUUUGCUGAUGAGCUACCUCUUCCAUAAACCAAGGGAAACAAGCUGACGAACUGCGCCGAACUUGCACGUACAGCUCAAAUGCACAGUGAUCUCCGUGAUGCUCUUUGUGUUCAGAUGCACUGACCUUACCAUAUAUGUCAAACCUCUUAGCUGCAUGUCCUGACAAAUAAGCUGAUUGCAAAUAGAUUAAAUACGAAUGCAGCAAACUCUGUGUUGUAGGUAUGUUCUGGAGAAAUUCUUACCUGUCUGAAUGGGGCAGCGUCCUUGGCUCACUUGAACCAAAUGACUAUCAGUACAUUUUCUAAUCUAUCCUUUCUGUGUAUGAACCCUUUCUCCAUCCUCCUGCUAGGAGAAUGGAUUCAGUACACUCAGCUAUCAGCCAGUGUGCCCUCUAUUUUUUUUUCAUGUUGUCAUUUGUCGAGAAUAACUGAGGAAUACUUUUAUCUUUUAAUCCAAAGAGGGAAACUUGGUUUUGGAUUUGUUGUGUGACGUUUUUGGAUUUGUUGUGUGACGUUUUAAUGUUCUGUAGCUGUCAUUGCUUCUUGCAGCUGUGGUAUUGAACGGGCACAGGCCUGGGUUAAUGCUGCCAGGGACACAAGGACCUUGGCACCUAAACUGACCAGCUCUGGGAUCCCGGACCCUACAGGAGUAACUCAUCGUUUCUUACCGGAACUGUUGCCUUUGGGCGUCACCUGCUGGGUUUUGAUCUGGCUUGGCCAAAGUCUUGCCAAGGCUUUCACUUGGCCCACUGUUCUACAUGCAUUCCUGAGAAUGCUCAUGUUCAGUAGGAAGCAUCAGUUCCCAAGCUGUGCUUUAGGGACAUGGUAUGAUCCAAAAAAACACAACAAGAACUUCAUUUUUAAAGAUGUGUUGCUUUCAGAGAAGCUUGGUAACGAGUGGGGGGUGAGGAGAAGGCUGUGUGAAAUCUGUAGCUUUUUGUGUUCUGGAGGAGGAGGAGGAGAGAAGGGGGAAACCAGCGUCGUCUACACUAUUGCAAGUAUGUGCCCUUUGCCCUUCACAGAUCCUCAUAUUUGUCUCUCCCCCCCAUGAUUUUGCUACAAUGUGCCUUACCAGUUGUGAGUUUACAGGUAAAGCAAUUUCCCAAAUAAAUGGAUAUUA